GUCAGUUAUCCGGAGUAUUUUAUAUUUUCAUUUCGCAACUAAAUUUAAUAUUAUUAUUAUUAUUAUUUAAAUUCGAUUAUAUAAAGGACUAUCCUUUUGUGUUGUUCGUUAAAAAACAAUUUAACGAGGUUAAAACGAGAAGGUGCAUUCAGUAUGAUAUAUUUUUUUUUAUUAAAUUCUUCAUAACUUAUAACCACAAAUUUUAAGGAUUACAAUUGAGCAAUAUUACUUAAGAUAACUUGUGAUUAUAAAAUAUUAUGGCACAUCGAAUGUUAGCUUCAACAAAAGUUUUAGAACGUUGUGCAAGAAGAUUAUGGCAAACGCCGAACUUAACAAAUAAGCAUUUAGCUGCUAUUAAUCAGAUAACGGUAGAUGAUAUUCUCAGUACACUCCGUUUAUGGAGUGAAAAACCUCCUAAAGGAUUCGAAAAAUAUUUUAGGUCCGGUUCUCCGAAAACGAAAGCGGAAACCGAGGAUGCUUCUACAAAAAAAUCACCUGAAAAAAGUCAACAAAGUCAAUCUGAUCCAAGUAAAUCUGAUUGGCAUUUUGGAAUGUUUGCGAACCAACCAAAAGCAAAACGGAGCGGAGGUGGAAGUGGUAGACCCAUUGGCGGUGAGGAUAACGAUCGCGAUAAAUGGAUGAUGUUAGGGGCUGUAGGAGCCAUUUUAUCACUUGGAAUUUGGGCUUUCUUUGAAAUGGGAUAUAAAGAAAUAGCGUGGAAAGAAUUUGUUACUAACUAUCUUAAUAAGGGAAUUGUGGAAAAAUUGGAAGUGGUUAAUAAAAAAUGGGUUAGAAUACGAUUAUCUCCAGGAAAUUCUGACUCAUCAGGAAUAUUAUGGUUUAACAUAGGAAGUGUAGAUUCAUUUGAACGAAAUUUAGAAAACGCUCAAAUAGAAUUGGGAAUAGAACCAGUUAAUUUUAUUCCAGUGAUAUAUAAAACUGAAGUUGAAGCAUCAAACUUGACAGGAUUACUUCCUACUUUACUAAUAAUAGGCUUUUUAGUAUUUAUGAUGAGAAGAUCUGCUGAAAUGAUGGGAGGUGGGCGUGGUGGUCGAAGGGGGGGUGGUUUGUUUGGAGGUGUAAUGCAAUCAACCGCAAAAUUAAUAAAUUCCAAUGAAAUUGAUGUCAGAUUUAAAGAUGUAGCUGGCUGUGAAGAAGCAAAAAUUGAAAUUAUGGAGUUUGUAAAUUUUUUGAAAAACCCUCAACAAUAUAUAGAUUUGGGAGCAAAAAUUCCAAAGGGCGCUAUGCUGACUGGCCCUCCAGGAACUGGUAAAACUCUUUUAGCAAAAGCUACUGCUGGAGAAGCGAAUGUUCCAUUCUUAAGUGUUUCUGGAUCUGAGUUUUUGGAAAUGUUCGUCGGUGUAGGUCCAUCACGAGUUCGUGAUAUGUUUGCCUUAGCACGUAAAAAUGCUCCUUGUAUUUUAUUCAUUGAUGAAAUAGAUGCAGUUGGUAGAAAGCGUGGCGGAAAAAGUUUUGGAGGACACUCUGAGCAAGAAAAUACUUUAAAUCAAUUAUUAGUAGAGAUGGAUGGUUUUAAUACGACAACAAAUGUAGUUGUUUUAGCAGCGACAAAUCGAAUUGACAUUCUUGAUAAAGCGUUAUUACGACCAGGUCGAUUUGACCGACAAAUUUAUGUACCAGUUCCAGACAUAAAAGGGCGCGCUAGUAUUUUUAAAGUUCAUUUAGGAAAUCUUAAAACUAAUUUAGAUAAAAUAGAUUUAUCAAGGAAAAUGGCCGCCUUAACACCGGGAUUUACAGGAGCUGAUAUUGCAAAUGUAUGCAAUGAAGCAGCUUUGAUAGCUGCUAGAGAUUCUAAUGAAUCUAUCAUAAUGAAACAUUUUGAACAAGCUAUUGAACGUGUUAUUGCUGGAAUGGAAAAGAAAACAAAUGUUUUAGCCCCUGACGAAAAACGAACUGUCGCUCAUCAUGAAGCUGGACAUGCUGUUGCUGGAUGGUUUUUGGAGUUUGCAGACCCUUUAUUAAAAGUCUCUAUUAUACCUAGAGGAAAAGGGUUAGGAUAUGCACAAUAUUUACCAAAAGAUCAAUAUUUACUAUCGAAGGAGCAAUUGUUUGAUAGGAUGUGCAUGACAUUGGGUGGACGAGUCGCAGAAGAAAUAUUUUUUAAUAGAAUAACAACUGGUGCCCAAGAUGAUUUAAAAAAAAUUACAGACAGUGCCUAUGCUCAAAUUGUACGUUUUGGUAUGAAUGAAAAAGUUGGCAAUGUUAGUUUUGACUCAUCUAGUGGUGGUGAUCCAAUGUUUACUAAACCAUAUUCGGAAGAAACAGCUCAGUUGAUUGAUCAGGAAGUAAGAUCCUUAAUUAACAAAGCACUCGAAAGAACUAGAAAUUUAUUAACAAAGCAUAAAGACGAUGUAGCAAAAGUAGCUGAACGAUUAUUAAAAAAUGAAGUAUUAAGUCGCGAUGAUAUGAUCGAAUUAUUAGGUCCCAGACCGUUUAAAGAAAAAUCAACAUAUGAAGAAUUUGUUGAGGGUACUGGUUCCUUUGAAGAAGAUACUUCAUUACCAGAAGGUUUGAAAAACUGGAAUAAAGAAAAGGAACCAAAAGGACCUUCACCGAGCGGGGGUGACACAAAACCUAAACCUGAUAAGGCAGUAGUCUAGUCUGAUAGAAAAUUUUCUUUUGUUACUUAUGUAUAAAUGUCCUUAAUUCUUACUUAAAUUAAUUUGUCAAAAUUUUAGUUUUCGUUAAUUUUUUUUUUUUGAGAUUUAUAUAACAGGAUAAUUUAAUUUAAUUUACAAAUGCUACUUAUUUUUGAUGUAGGAACUUAUCAAUUGAAAAUACUGUAACGAAAUUUUUUUAAAUUUUUGAGUAGAAGUAAUAAUGCGACAUUUAUACAUAAUUAUGUAUGUAUGUAUUUAAGUAGAUAUCAUAUUACAUAUUUGAAUUGUUCCAUUAAUUUAUCAUUUAAAACGAUCAUUUUACAAAUAUAUUGAGAAAACAAGCUUG